CUCUAGGCUAUAGGCCGGCCCCAUGGAAGCCCGCGUGUCGGGGCAACGGCCCAAUAUUCCUGGGCCGGCCCACUAAGAGGGUGGAGGGCUCGAGGCCAUGGUGUGUGCCGCGUAACCGUUGCGCUCUGCAGGAGUUCGACGGAAUGCCCGCACCACCGCCGUCGCCGCUUUGCCUGGCCUUCGGCUGCGGCGCGCGCCUGAGGUGCUCGAUGAUGGAACGCGUCUCUGUGAGCCCCGUGGGGAUCGGGCUAGGUGCGCCACCGGCACCUUCUCACCGGAGGCGAUGCGGGUCGACGUUCGCCAGCUUGACGCCGCGCGCGUCGGGGGCGCUCGGUGAGGCGACUUCCUCGGCCGCCUACGCCCCCCUACGCGCGUGCCGGGGCCGCUGGGCCAGCGUGUGCCUUGCGCGGCGGCUCAUUCGUGGGCUCCGCGCCGACAUGCGCACUGAGGAGUGAGGGACCAGGACCGACUGAGGUCAAGGAGAGGAAAGCUGCCCCGUUCGGUUGCUGCCGGCCACUGGCUGUGCGUGUGGCGGCCGGCCUCGCCUCAGGCCUCAGCGUUGGCGUGACGUCGUCGGGGAGAAUCGGAUAGCGCGUGGCGUGCCGACAUCAGGGUCUCCCAGGUCGCGCACUACCUUCGUCUUCGUCAGGCGCCAAGCUGCCCCGCAUUACGGAAAGGUUUUCUCCUGCAGUACACAACUGGUAGGCUCCAUGUCAUUGUCAGUCAGGGUCUCCAUUUCUUUCGCUGUCCAAGUAGUUGGUAAAGCAUCUAGUGCGUAGAAGAUUCGGGGCUUAGUAUCGUGAUAAACGAUGAAAUUGUUGCUUAAUAGUCAAGUCAGAGAUAACAUACUGCUUUUCCUUGGUUUUAUUUUAUCUGUGUAUGCGCAUGCGCAAGAUUUGUGUCAGGUCAAUAGGCUGUUGAAGGAUAGUGACUAUUCACGGCAGCUCCACAAGAUUACAAACACUGAUUAUUAAGAGGCACACUGAACCUACACCACUAGCUGCCCUCUGCACCAAAUUUUCUUGAGUUGAAAGUGGAUUAAUUCUCUUUACUCCAGGUCUUGUUCCAUUCCUGAGAAACACUGGGUUAAUGCUUAUUCUGAAAUGCCUGACCCAAGCUCAGGGUCCACAAUGUGAGCUGCGCCAGCUUUAGGUGCAUUAUUCUUUGCUGGUGAUCAUGAGAGACAAAUUUUGACCAUUGCCACAAGAGAGAGAGAGAGAGCAAUUGUAAGUGUUGUAACAAUUAUGUAGUACUUGUCUCCUCACUGUUGCUGGGGCAUAAUCAUGUAGCAUGACAAGAUCUUUUUUUAAUUGGAAAAUACCUGACUUAGUUCCUUGGACGUUGACUUUUGCGUCUACGUUUGCGGCUAAGGACAACCUAGUAAGAAGGUCUCUCUUUAUGUUCUGUGCUCACAAGGUUGGACAAGAAGCAUGAAGCUGAGUGUUGCUGUUCUCUUAUUCUCCAUUUUGCAGUAUACCAGUGGCCAGCCAGAUAGCCGAGGUUUCAUAAGCAUUGAUUGUGGCAUCCCGGAAAACUCUUCGUACCAAGAUCUCACUUCAACCAUAAUAUAUGUCUCUGACCAUGGUUUCAUCAGCUCGGGAGAAAACAGCAACAUCUCCUCAGAUUACAUCAGCCCAUCACUAGCACAGCGCUAUUAUAAUGUCCGCUUCUUUCUAGAUGGCACGCGGAAUUGCUAUACCUUGAGAUCCUUGGUUGCCGGAAACAAGUAUUUUGUUCGUGCAGCCUUCUAUUAUGCAAACUAUGAUGGCCUGAACAAGCUUCCUGUUUUUGAUCUAUACAUGGGGGCAACUUAUUGGAAUGAAGUUAAGUUCAGGGAUGCAGGUUCAAUUAAUUGGAUGGACAUCAUAGUUGUGGCUCCUGCUGAUUACCUGCAAGUUUGUUUAGUGAACAAAGGGACAGGAACUCCGUUUAUCUCUGGGCUGGAUUUGAGGCCACUGAAGAGUACUCUUUACCCAGAGGCAAAUGCUAGUCAAUCCCUGGUGCUGAUCAAUGCCAAUCGGUUUAACAUGGGGCCCACAGACAAGUCUGUAGUUCGGUACCCAUUGGAUCCCCAUGAUCGUAUCUGGUUGACAUAUGGUGCCAUCCCAACCUGGAACGAGGCAUCUGCUACAUCUGUUGUUCGGAAUUACCUUACUGAUCCCUAUGAUGUGCCAUCUGCCGUCAUGCAAAAUGCUGCAACACCUUCCAAUAGUUCAAUAAUUAAUUUCUCAUGGGGUCCAUCUGAUCAGUCUGUGAAUAUCAGCUCCAGAUACUUCUUUGUUUUCUACUUUGCUGAGUUGCAGCGUGUAGCAAGCGAUGAACUGCGACAGUUUGAUAUCAUUGUCAAUAACAGCACAUGGAACAAAAAACCUUACACUCCACCAUACCUAUUUGCUGAUUCAUUUUCAGGUACGGUUCAGGGGCAAGCGCAGAAUAACAUCUCACUUGUUGCUACGAAAAACGCAACACUCCCACCAAUUCUCAAUGCCAUGGAGAUGUAUUUGGUGAAACCGAUAGAUGAAAUUGCAACCGACCCUGGAGAUGCUAGAGCCAUGAUUGCAAUCCAGGAAGCUUUUGGUGUGAGCAAAAACUGGAUGGGUGACCCAUGUGCUCCAAAAGCUUUUGCAUGGGAAGGAUUGGACUGUACUGAUCCUUCAACUGGUAUUCCAAGAAUAACAGCAUUAAACUUGUCUUCAAGUGGUUUGGCCGGUCCCAUCACUACCUAUUUUGGAGAUCUGAAAGCACUCCAGUACCUGGAUUUGUCACACAAUAACUUGUCUGGCUCCAUUCCAAAUUAUCUUGGGCAGCUUCCAUUUCUAGUGUUUCUGGAUCUCUCCAGCAAUGAUCUUCGUGGACCAAUUCCUUACAUUCUUCUUCAAAAAUCCCACAAUGGGACUCUAUCACUAAGGCUUGGUAACAAUUCAAAUUUAUUUGGGAACGGCACUAACUAUGGAUCAGGUCCAAAGAAAAUGAAUGGGGCACUUCUCUCUGUAAUAAUCAUUCCAAUAGUUGCUGCCAUUGCCUUAUUUGUUAUCUUCACUGUUCUGCUGCUCCAAACACUCAAGGAAAAAGCUAGGAGAAGGGCUGCUGAUCCUAAAGAUGAAACAGCAUUACUUGAGAACCGAGAAUUCUCUUACAGAGAACUGAAGCAUAUUACAAAUAACUUUAGCCUAGAGAUUGGCAAAGGUGGGUUUGGAGCUGUCUUCCUUGGUUACUUGGAGAAUGGAAACCCAGUCGCUGUAAAAAUACGGUCAGAGUCAUCUUCACAAGGGGGCAAAGAGUUUCUGGCUGAGGCUCAACAUUUGACAAGGAUACACCACAAGAACUUGGUAUCAUUGAUUGGUUAUUGUAAGGACAAAAAUCAUUUUGCCCUUGUCUACGAGUACAUGCGUGAAGGGAACCUGCAGGAUCAUCUGAGAGACACUUCUACUCACAAACCACUCACUUGGGAGCAACGCCUUCAAAUCGCCCUUGAUGCUGCUCAAGGUCUGGAGUACCUGCAUGUUGCAUGUAAACCAGCACUGAUUCACAGAGAUGUGAAGAGUAGGAACAUCCUCUUGACCACCGACCUUGGGGCUAAGAUUGCUGAUUUUGGUCUGACCAAGGCUUUCAGUGACUCAGAAACACAUAUCACCACUGAACCAGCUGGUACAAUGGGCUACUUAGAUCCUGAGUAUUACCGCAGUUACCGGAUCAGCGAGAAGAGUGACGUUUUCAGCUUUGGUGUCGUUCUCCUGGAGCUCAUGACAGGCCAUUCCCCGAUUGUCCCCAUAAACGACAGCGUGAGCAUCCACAUUGGCGAGUGGGUGCAGCAAUACCUCGACCAAGGCAGCAUCGAUAGCAUCAUAGAUUCAAGCAUGGGGUGCGACUACGACAUCAACUCCGUCUGGAAAGUGGCCGACCUGGCGCUGCACUGCAAGCAAGAAGUCUCCAGGGAACGACCUACGAUGACAGAUGUGGUGGCACAGAUCAAGGAGAGUAUGGAGCUUGAGGCCCGCCGCCACGAUCUCCAGGGAACGACCUACCAUGACAAAUGUGGUGAUGGUCUGAGCUAUGCCGGCGAGAGGAACGCGUUUGAGGUAGAAGGAAGCGUUGGGGAGAUAUCAGAGGCCUCUCCUGGGCCGGCAAUGAGAUAGAUUCUUAUCUUUUGCUGAAGUGCUAGAUAUUGAGCAGGUUACAGAGGCAAUGAGAUAAGUAGGUUUAGAAUUUGCUGGUACAGAAUGUUCCCUAGUACUAGAAAGAUAUUAUAGAGAAAAAUCGUUGAUGCAAGAUUAAAACCAUUUGGAAGGCGUGCAUGUUAAAAAAAUUCUCAAUUAUUUAUAGGUGA